AUGGACCUUUCACGAUUUGCUCUCCUGCCGGCCGAGCUCCAAUCGCUCGUAUGGCAAUACUUCGUGGAUGACGCGACGGCCGACGCUCGCGUUCUCGACUUCAGUAUCCGUGUUGACAAAGCCGACCAUCGUCAACGCUGGAAGGCCGUUCCAGGCCCGCUUCUCUAUGAUCGCGCCCGACCCGCCGCCACCGCACUCUCCGUCUGCAGAGAGAGCCGCUACUUCGCACUCAAAGCCUUGCCGGACACCUUGGCAGUGGAGCGCGGCAGACGUCGGGGCAUCGUCCGCUUCAACAAGGACCGCGACAUUGUGGCCAUUUCGGCCAUCUCGGUUAUCAACCAGAUACCUUUCUUCGACUUCGACAGAACAGAAAACCCCAGCUGCAUCAUUCCCGGGUUUUCGGACAACAUCCGCAACCUGGCCCUGAAGGGCAUGGUCGUUGGCGACUACGGGCUCAUGACCAAGGCUGAGCGCUAUCCGAUCCUCGUCAACCUCUGGAACCUGUUGGCCAUGUUCCACAACCUCCGCACCCUUUUCGAGCUCAUGUCCUGGGACGAGUAUGCACCCCACACGAUGGCUUGGUGCACUGCGUCCGAGGGCGUCACCGUCCAAGAGGUCGCCGUGCAUCCGCACCCACGCAGCCGGAUCUUGGAGCCAUUGACAACCAUCUGGCCCGACGUCACGACGAGCCACCCAGCUGGAAUGACUGGCAACACUCACCUCCAGCCGAAGCAGCUGGGAUGGUUGUCCGAUCGCCUCACUGAGCUGAGUAACAUGGACAACAGGGAUUUUAUUGCCUGGAUCGCCGGCUUCAAGGCCUGGCCAAUGGUUGAGUUUUACGGUACGACAGCCCACCAAGCCCUCGCCGAGCUCCGCACCACGCCGGUGGAGCAGCUUCCCAUGGGCGACGAGUGGGAUACGGACGAGGCCAAGUCGUGCAAGACCGAGGCGGACGAGGACGGCUGGAGUCGCAAGGGCUACGAGGAUGAGGCCGAAAUCGGUCCUGGCGACAACUGCUCCGUGUGCAGCGACGACUUCCCUGUCGAGAUGGCGUCUAUUCUUGCCAAGAGUCAGAGAUGGUUUUGCGCUCGCUGCAAGAUUGAAGAGCCCGAGACGGAUUGCGACAUGCUUAUGGACAGGGACCACGUCUACAAGUGGCUGGACGGUAUCUUUUAA